CACAGUGUCGCUCUCGUGCAGAACUCACGCGCUCCGGCUGAAAGGAGUUUAUGGAUGAUAAGAUCGAGGUCUGUCAACAGAACACAGUUUCAGAUUAAAAAUUAUCAUUGAAUGAAAGUUAUGGGGACGCGCAAAGUUUUGGUGACAGGAUGCUCCUCUGGAAUUGGUUUGGCGGUGGCUGUCCGUCUUGCAAAAGAUGAAUUAAAGCGCUUCAAGGUUAGUAGUGGCCACUAUGAGGGACCUGGAUAGGAGAGAAGCUCUGGAGAAAGCAGCUGGAGAAAGCCUCAACAGAUCCCUGGAGAUCCGACAGCUGGAUGCCACCUGUGAGGACUCCAUCAGAGAGUGUGUCGACAGCUUGUCAGAUCGACGAGUGGAUGUGUUAGUGAAUAAUGCCGGUGUGGGUAUGAUUGGUCCUUUGGAGUGUCAGAGUGUAAGUGAUAUGCAGGAUCUCUUCAACACUAACUUCUUUGGCCUGGUGAGACUGGUGAAGGAACUGCUGCCUGACAUGAAGCAGCGUCAGAGUGGACACAUCGUAGUGAUGAGCAGCGUCAUGGGCAUCCAGGGACUACUUUUCAAUGAUGUAUAUGCUGCCUCUAAGUUUGCUGUAGAGGGGUUUUGUGAGAGUCUUGCUGUGCAAGCUAUGAAGUUUAAUGUCAAGAUGACGUUAGUGGAGCCAGGCCCAGUUGUAACAGAGUUUGAGAAGAAAGUGUAUGAAGAGGCAGAGAAGAUGGAUCUGUCAGAGACUGAUGAGGAAACGGCUCGCAUCUUCCGUCAGAUCUACCUGCCAUAUUCACGUAAAAUUUUUAACUCCAUCGGGCAGACACCUGAGGACGUUGCAGAGCAAACUCUCCAGCUGAUUGGCUCCAAGAACCCUCCAUUUCGUCAUCAGACCAAUCGUUUGUACAUGCCACUGACUGCCAUGAAGCAUGCUGACCCUACAGGGCAACUACCAAUAGAUGCAUUCUAUAAAAUGAUCUUCCAGCAUGACCGUAUGUUCAAUGCUACUCUGAGUAUUCUACGCAUACUUCACAGGAGAAUGGGUCAAGGUACUGCCUAAAAAGCUCUCAGAGGAUUUUGAUGGAGAAAACCAAUUCAGAAACAUCCCAGGGACCGUUUCAUGGUCUAAAAAUGGGUCCCUGCUCAAUGCAAAUAAUAACAAGCAACAAACCACAUUUAGUAUAGCAACAGUUUUGCUAUUGUGGUCGGUACUUGAUGUCGAAUAUAAAGUCUGGAUCCUGACUUUAACCUUAUGACAGUAAUCAUGAUCAAAAACAUAAUGUUUAGUUGCAAAUUGCAGUGUGUAAAAGCUCUAGUGCCAUUUUCAUGGUGCCAUGGUUUUUAACAGUCAAGGGGCUGUAUGUAAAGUAGAAAUUCAGAAAAACUUCCACUGGUGGCCGUUAAGUGAACUGCAACCAGAAACUUCGUUAAAUUUUAAAUUCAGUGCCCCGAUAUAUUCGUGACAAAGUUCUUCUUGUUUUUAUCCAGUACAAAGGUAGUCUCCCAUAGCCAGACCUUCAGACUGACGGUUGAAGGUCUGGAAUCCAUGGUUUAACCGACAUGUCAAACAACCAAUCACAGUUAGUUUUGUUCAGCUUCACGUUCCGGAGCGUGGAAACGACCGGUAUGUAAAACACUCGGACGUAUUUGAAAGAUUCUAUGCCGUGAACUUUAAAUAUUUCGCAGUCUUUUGAAACUUCAGUGUUUAGAUGAUCCUAAUAAGCGCUCGUCGUCACAGUUGUAAACACUACGACUUUCUUCAUUCGUGAGGGGGUUUGGCGCCAGGGAAUAUUUGUUUCCAGACAGAACCUUAAAGAAUGCGACACACACGUCUCCCAAAAUCCUGUAUAAUUCAACCAGUCCGAUGAUGACUCCGACACUUCAGAAGUGUUUCCAGUUUUGUGUCCCAUAUCCAUCAGACGUUUAGCCAACAGUCCAUGGGCAUGAAGUCUGAGGCUGAGACUAGUACAAAGGCAGCUGCCAGCACAAACAUGUCACCGGAAGUACCACUGCCACGAUUAGCGCUUGCACAUUCCUUGCAAAAAUAAACACACAAUAAAUAUGACAGCAGGGAGAAAGCAGCAGUUAAGAAAGCAUCUGAUCAUAGUGAUGUGGAUAUGUUUGCAGCAGUUCUGCAUUAACGACAGGAGAGGUAAUUAAAAUUACACUGUUAUGUUGUUUGAUACAGAUGUGUAUUUAGAUCUGGCUAUUUGAGACUAUUUUGAAUCUUAAUUUUUUUUUUUUUUUUUUUUUCUUUGCGCGACACAUUCAUGUUACAGACAGUACAGUAUAGUAUAUUAAACAUUAUGUAAGCAUUUGUUUCUUGUGUUAUAAAACGGAAGGGAGGCUUUCUGGAUUGUGUGUAACCUCCCAAAAAACGUCUUUCACAUAAAAAUCAGUUUAUAGGCUUUCAAAAGCCUGAUUCGGCCAGUCAUGUGACAGGCCACGUGAGCAACUCAUUCCUGGGUUCAUAGGGUCACUAAACUCUCCACUGUGAAUAAAUCGCCAUCCAAAUCCUUGUCUUAUUACUAAACUGCCAUCCUAGGAUAUCAGGGAAAGUCUUUUGUUUUUUAUGUUUCGCCACAGGUUGUUUAGACAUUGGCAAAAAUUUUUUAUUUACACAUAAAAAUUCUUAGCCCUUUAAAAUAAAAUAUUAAAAACGUUAAGUUGUAGUCUGCAAGGCUUCUUACGUGUGGGAAAAUUAUGUUUGGUUUUUUUAAAAAAAAAACAUUCCAAUGAUUCAGUAAAUCAAUAUUGUUGGAGCUCCAUUGGUAAAUUGGUACUUUAGUUGCUUAGCAAUGUACAAAUAAAUUGCAAAAAACAAACCUCGUUUUUUUGUUUGUUUUUGCUUUAAUUAAUUUCAGUUAUUGAGUGGGUUAGUGACAUUAUGUGGUUGCCUUGCAACAACAUAAAUAAGUUACAGGCUUGAAAUUUCCCACAUGUGCAAAAACAAACAACUCUUGUAUUCAUGACUUUAGAUGGAGAAGCUGCAAUAUCACUGAAUUCCGAUAGAUGUAGAUAGAAAGAUGUUUUCAAAUUCUUUACGUGAAAGCCUCUCCACCACGAAUGACUGUUGGCAUUUAAUCAUUAACAUUGAGUACCCAAGUGAGUUAAUUUCAUUAUGAGCAUCAUUAAAUAGAUGCUUUGCAUUGACAUUUGACAAAAAGUGAUUAGUCAGUACUAGAGUUUCCCAGUUUGUGUGAUCUAAAACAAAACACUUGAUUCAGAAUGCAAGGAAAUAUAAAAGAGGUGAGACAAAGAAUAAGACAUUAGUGAAAUGUAGUUUCUACUGCUUUAUUAGAAGUAACAUAUUUUACAACUUUGUCUGUAGAAAGAAACUGUGAAAAACUGUUUAUAUACAAUGAUUUAAACUACUUUUAAACAAGUAUAGGAAAUUAAUAAUGACAAUAGAAAAUAUCUAUGGCUGUUCUAGUUAUGCAAGACCAAUUACACAGUCACAUCCUCACCUUGAUGCUAAUAAAAAGUACAUUUACUUGUUGUUCUUUUUAGUACUUAUUCAUUUCAGGAACAUAAGACUUCUCAUAAACAAGUAGACUUAAACAAGGUGAAACAUAUUUACAGAAAGGUACUGGAAUUUCAAAAAUACCUGGAGAACUGUAUCAUGAGAAGUGAAAAGUUGUGAAUUAAAGGAAGACUUGUGCUGGGUUAGCAAAGAAUAGUAGUACUUAUGUAGGAUAACAAAGAGGUCCAGAAUGUGCUCCAAAACCAUCACAAGCCUUGAAAUGUGGUACAUGAAGAUUUAACAGUUACACUCAGUACAGAUAAAGCACAAAUACUAUUUAAAAAAAUAAUAUAUGGCUGAAAGCAAUGUUUAUGUGCCAUAGUUUAGUGAAAUGGGCAUGUUCCUCUUGGCGAUAGCAGGGAAACACCUGUCCUUAUCAUCAAAUGCAGGUCUAACAGUUGGGAAUAUCAAGAGGGAUAAACAUAUGGACAUGUUACAGAAAGCCAGGGGCAUCACUACAUGGUAGCGUUUCCCAUCUCACGCCUUCUGACCAGACACGACAGAUGUCAUCGUCUAGGCUGAUGGGGUGGGAACUGCUAAAGAUGCAGACAACACUGCAUGCUAUAUAACACCUCCCUGAGGAGUAACAGAGCAAUAGCAGACCAUUAGAACCCCGUUAGCCAUGUACCCAACACACAACACAUAUGCCUGCUAUCCAAACCAAAAGGAGCUGGAAUAUCAUUAGACCACAUGGAAAUGCACGACCUGAGGGAUCAAAUUACAUUAAAAUCAAUCAACCACACUGCCUUGGCUUCAUAAAGCCCCAGAGGAAGACUUUCUAGUGGUCAAGUGUCAGCUGCAGCUGUUCAGUAUUGAAAUGAAGGGCUUGUGAGGGCUCAGGAACACGGUGAGAUCAGGUCCGCAGCGGUCAUCGGCUCCACGAGUGCUGGUGGUUGGGUUCUGAGCAGGAAUGUUUGUGGAAAGGAAGUUGGGUGUCACCGAAAAAGUGACACAGAGCAGCAGCCUAAUAACACAGCUUAAUACAUC